GGGUUCCGCACAUGCGCAGUGUGCGGCGGGGCGUGGUCCUCGAAUGCGGUGCUGCUGGGCGCCAUGGAGCUGCCUCGGCCGAGCUGGGCCCCGCGUCUCGCGGCGCUGCUGGUGCUCGCGCUGCUUCCCCCGGGAGCGCUGGGUAAUUGUGAUGCCCCACCAAGGCUAAGCUUUGCUGAGCUGCAGGAUGAGUUUAAGACCCAGACUGACUUUCCAGUUGGGACCACAGUGAGAUACAGCUGCCGCUCAGGAUACCAAAAAAUCCCUGGAGAGUCACCCACUCUUACUUGUGAAAAUGAAUCUGUGUGGUCAGUACCCAAAGAGUUUUGUCGAGUGAGAUCAUGUGGACAUCCAGGAGACCUAGUUAAUGGCAAGAUUCAUAUCACAGAUCUCUCCUUUGGUUCGAGCAUUACAUUUUCUUGUGACGAAGGGUUCAGAUUAAUUGGACAGAAAAUUAGUCAGUGUGUGAUUGACGGAACAAGGGUUACAUGGAAUCAUGAAAUUCCAUUUUGUGAAGAAAUUCCAUGUCUUCCACCUCCAGAAAUCGACAAUGGGAGGUUCUCUGGUGACCCUAAUAAUCACUACACCUAUGGAUCAACAGUUACUUACAGCUGUAACACUGUACCAAGAGGCACAGACUCUUUCUCACUUAUUGGAGAGGCAUCUAUUCAUUGUACAUCUGACGAAGAGCAAAAUGGAGUUUGGAGUGGAGAGCCCCCUGAGUGUAAAGUGGUCAAGUGCAGUAAUGUAGAAAUUGAAAAUGGGAGAAAACAAAGUGGAUUUGGUUCUUCCUAUACAUAUAAAGACGCCAUUACAUUUGGAUGUGAUGCUGGCUACUUCUUGGUUGGCAGUAAAGUGAUUAUAUGCCAGGCGAAUAAUUCAUGGACUCCUGCAAUACCAAUUUGUGAAAGGGCAAUUUGCAGUGCCCUAGUGUUCCCGCAUGGAGAAGUGUUUCCAUUAAAAUCUGAAUAUCGCGAUGGAGAUUCUGUUACCUUGACCUGCGAUGCAAAUUAUUUCUUGCUGAAUGGUGUAAAAUCGAUGACUGUUCAAUGCAAAAAGAAUACAUGGAAUCUUCCUAUACAAACUUGUCAAAUGGUCAAGUGCAGUGACGUAGAAGUUGAAAAUGGGAGAAAACUAAAUGGAUUUGGUCCUUCCUAUACAUAUAAAGAUGCCAUCACAUUUGGAUGCGAUGCUGGCUACUUCUUGGUUGGCAGUGAAGAGAUUAUAUGCCAAGCGAAUAAUUCAUGGUCUCCUGCAAUACCAACUUGUGAAAAAAUAACUCCAAGUGUAUGUGGCACUCCACCAUUCUCAAAUGGAAAAAUACUUCCAUCAAAACCUCGAUAUGCCACUGGAGAUGGUAUUACCUUGACCUGUGAGGCGAAUUAUGUCUUGUUCGAUGGUGCAAAAUCAAUGACUGUUCGCUGCAAAGGAAACAAUGUGUGGGAUCCUCCUGUACAAACUUGUAAACUAAUUCCAAGCGUAUGCAGUGUCCCAGCCUUCCCAAAUGGAAAAAUACUUCCAUCAAAACCUCAAUAUGUCACUGGAGAUGGUAUUACCUUGACCUGCGAGGCAAAUUAUGUCUUGCUCCAUGGUGAAAAAUCGAUGACUGUUCGCUGCAAAGGAAACAAUGUGUGGGAUCCUCCUGUACAAACUUGCCUAUCUGUUUGUCCAGACCUGGUCAUCCCUCAUGGAAAAGUGAAGUCGGGAGCAAAACGUCUCUAUGUUGUUGGAGAUAAUGUUGUAAUUGAAUGUUCUACGUUCCACGCAGUGCAUGGUGAACCUAAUAUUCAGUGCACUGAUGAAUUUCAGUGGAAGCCUGCAAUUCCAGAAUGUAAACUGCGUGUGUACAUCAUUAUCAUCAUUGUUAUUGUAAUUCUAAUCGUAGUGAUUCUGGCAGUUUGGAUCUAUAAGAGAUUUUUUUCACAGAAAGGCACAUACCAAACCGAUGAAAACGGCAAAGGAGUAUGCAUUUUAAAUGUUAAAGUACCAGAUGAAAAUGAAGCAUCUGCAUUAAAGAAUUAAUUGAAACAUGAAAAGGAAACAUGUCUCCACUUCACCUACUGCUCAAUACACCUCGUGUAAAACCUGAUUGGCAGGGAAGGGGCAGUGGUGAAAGACGUCUUACAGAUGGAGAAAGGACUGCAUUUGCACUAUUUCUAAUGGAAUAUUUAGCCCCUACUUUCACCAGAAUUGAAGAUGUUUUUAUCUUAAUUUUCUUCUCCUUUUGUGAUUGACUGUUAUAUGCAUCUACUGCAUCUUUACCAAGGCACAAAGCCAGAACGUAUACCAAUGCUGUCCCCUUUAGCUCACCUGUCUGUGUCUGAAAUUAACUUAUAAAAAGCUUCAUGCCCAUAGCUGUCUCCCAGCAGCCUGGAACACUAAAACUGUGCCUUCAGGCCACCUGCCUUCUUUCUCUGCCUUGCAGCAUCCGCUUGCUUCCAGAAGAGACUAUGCAAUGAGAGAGUGCUUAGUAGGUUCUUCAUAGGUAA